AUGGCCUCUGAGCAAUCCGUCCCCACCAACGACCUCCGCAGUGAGUCUAUGGACUCAAAGCGCGACCACGACCACAAGAGCAAAUGGGCCCAUGGCAAAGUCACCGGUCGUGGCCAGGGUCCCAAUGCCCACGGCCGGCCUAUGACGAUCCAUCGCAACGAGGGCGUCAUUCGCUCCCACCGGCUCGCGAAAACCGCCCUCAAGCAAGAUGUCCGUGACGAGGGCGUUGCGCACCACUCCGUGCCGGUCGGCGCCUCGCCGUCGGGGUCCUCGUCCGAUGAGCACGCGAAGGAGGUGAUCGAACCGUCGGCGGCGCCGGAGCCGGACGCGGAGAUCACGUACUCGUUCGACGCGGCGAAGGGGCCGGGCCACGGAAGCCAGUUGCUCAGCAUGGCGGUGGAGCAAGCGGUGGAGCGGUUCGAGAACGAGGAGACGGAGAAGAUCGUGAGGACAGAGUAUGAUCUGCUGGAGGCGGAGGGGGUGGCCGUACCGUUUGUAGGGAAGGGGAAGGAGAAGAAGACGGCGGGGAAGAAGGAGAAGAAGAAGGUCGAGGACGAGUAUGAGUUUGUUUGA